AUGUCCAACUUUGGCGAUUUCUUCGACAACUACCUGCAAUCUGCAAGCUUGUGCUGCGCUCAAACUGGUCUCACACCUCCGUAUUCCGGUGGUCUGACUGAUGAAGAGUUCUUCGUCCCAAUUGGAUCUACAGUACAAUCGCCUGGGUCUUCUAAUGGAUCGACUUCUGGAUCCCUUGGAUCGAUGGAUUCUUCAAAUUGUUCUGACUCGUCUUCUGGAUCGAUUGGAUCAAUGGUAUAUUUGAAUCAGACCCAAGCAAGCUCUGCUUGUCCAGUUCGUAGACAAAUGGAGAAUCAGACUUCUGGCCAACAGUCAUUUGUGGACGUUGCUCAAUCUAAUGAUUUCCUGGAAUAUGAGGAUCUCCUACAAAACGUCACACUCCAACCACUCGUUCCAGCGUCAAAACCUCAUCAUCCAAUGGAACAAUUAGUCAAUUUACGAGCGCCAAUUGCUCCAUCUCUACUAGAACAGACCUACCUACCAAUGGAACCGUUAAUCGGCCAAUCAGUUCGCCUAUCACCAUCCACCAUCCUACCAUCGCCAUCUUCUCCGUGUCAUCUAACAUCCUAA